CUGUCCGACCGUCUAAGAGGAGGAGGGGUUUAGUCAUGUACACUUCCGGUUCAAAGUAGUAAAGCGUGCCGGUGCUGUCUGCCGCAUCAUCAGUUUGAACUGUGAAUUAUUGACAAGAUAUACGCUAAAGAGCAGAAGAGAGUGUGAUCUAGAUAAUGGCUGAAAAGACCCCUGUCAUCCUGGGUCAUAAUCUAUGGGGAACCGAAACACAUCAUUGUGGGUCUGACCUGCAUCAUCAUCAUCAUCAUCAUCAUCAUCAUCAUGUGUCUGAUGGGCCAGAGAGAAUAUAUAUGGAUUACAACGCCACCACGCCAGUGGAUCCAGAGGUGGUCAGCGUUAUUACUGAUGCUUUAACUGUGGCGUGAAAUCCCAGCAGUAAUUACCUACCAGGUCUAAAAGCUAGAGACAUUAUUUACCAUUCCAGAGACACUAUUGCCAGGAUGGUUGGUGGAAAAGCAGCAGACAUUAUUUUUACUUCAGGAGGAACUGAGGCCAAUAAUCUGGUGUUUCACACAGCUGUGGAGCACUUCAGGCUGAGCAAGGCUUCUGCAGAGGGAGACGUGAACAGUGAGCAGCUAAAUGGAAGAGGCUCCCCGCCUCAUAUUAUCAUCUCCAAUGUCGAGCAUGACUCCAUCCAACUCGCAGCUAAACAUUUGUUAAAAGAGGGUAAAGCAGAUGUCACAUUUGUGCCAGUGUCCAAGGUGACGGCACGGGUGGAGGUCGAGGAUGUCAUUGCAGCGAUUCGUCCCACCACCUGCCUGGUGUCGGUCAUGCUGGCCAAUAAUGAAACAGGCAUUAUUAUGCCAAUUAAAGAUAUUUGUCAGAGGGUGAGGGAAGUGAACAAACAGAGGGCAGCAUCAGCUCCCAGAAUCCUCCUUCACACGGAUGCUGCACAGGCCAUCGGAAAGAUAAGAGUGGAUGCACAUGAGCUGGGAGUAGACUAUAUUACCAUUGUAGGGCACAAGUUUUAUGGCCCUCGAAUUGGCGCUUUGUUUGUGAAUGAUCCUGGACCCACGACUCCGGUUUACCCUCUGUUUUUUGGAGGAGGACAAGAGCGCAACUUCAGGCCAGGAACUGAGAACACAGCAAUGAUAGCCGGUCUGGGAAAGGCUGCAGAAUUGGUCAACUUAAAUCUAGUGGAGUAUGAAGCCCAUUUCCUGGACAUACGAUUCUAUCUAGAGCAGAAGCUGCUUGUAAGCUGUCUUGGAGGAGAUAAGAUUCAUUUUAACAGCCAUUUUCCUGGUUCAGACAUUUUGCCCAACACGUGUAACAUAUCCAUUUUGGGAAGGGGACUUCAGGGGCGUAGAGUGCUGUCCACCUGUAGGAGGUUGUUGGCCAGUGUGGGUGCUGCCUGCCACUCAGACAGAGAAGAUCAACCUUCCCAUAUUCUUCUGAGCUGUGGGAUUCCAUAUCAUGUGGCUACCAACGCUUUGAGGAUCAGUGUGGGUAGAAGUACCUCCCAUGAAGAUGUGGACAUUGUCGUGGAGGAUCUGAGAGACACUGUAGAGCAACUGGAGCGAAUGAACUAGCACCAGGGAUAUUUUACCUGCCUCUGUGUGUGUAUAUGUAUAUAACCAAAAAAGUUUUAGUUUUGCACAUAAAUUCUGAAAUAAGUGUGGAGUUCAGAUUUCAGGGUCAUCGUCAGGUUGCACUAUAUCGAUCUAAGAGCUCUUUAUUUAGCAGAAUAUAAUAUUUAAUGUGACUCUUAUCAGGUGGUGUGUCAUGAGACUAGAGUUCAGGAUUCAGACAUUGUCAGGUUGCUCUAUAUAUAUAUAUUUAAUCAGAAUAUAAUGUUCAACGUGCAUAUUACUUGGUAAAACAUAAUAUAUGGAACUUCAGGGAAUUUAGCUCAUAAAUAGUAAAAGAAAAUACAUAAAGCAGCUUGCAAACGGAGGUGUGCAAUGUGUAAAGUCCACAAAGUCCAAUUACAGACUGACUUAUAGAGUGUGUCACUUUGCAAAAAGUGAUCGAAUUGUUUAUUUCUGUCAUUGGGAAACUAACCAACCACUGCACAAAAUAUGAAAAUCAGCUCCCCAUAACAGAACAAAUUACACUGCAAAAUAUAAUUUUUGGUAUGUAUUGCACACUCGUAUUUGCAUAUGAGUGUUGGCUUUGGUCAUUUCAGGUCAGUUUUUAUUUUUAACAUAGUUAAAAUUGCCUCAGUUAUUUGGUUUUGAUACUCAUUAAUUUAUCCCUUCUGAUUUUAUAUUGAAUGCACUGUUGUAUGUUGUAUUUUAAAAACUGUUUCAUAAUUGAAUAUUGAAUUGUUCUUAUUAUGUUGUAGAUGUCCAUAACAUUUUUUUCAUGGAAUCAACAGAGACCUGUUCGUUUGAACUUGCCGGCUGCACUUGCGAUGGAGCGUGCGCUCUGAGAAUGAGACGGAGAUAUCCGUUACCUGUACAACAAAGACGCACUAGCAUUAUUAAAUGAGCUAAAUGGACUCUCUUUAAACAUCUAAGCGCUGAUCUGAUCUCCCCUGAUGCUGAAUCAUUAAAGUUCAUAUGCUCUGA